CAGAUCCCAUCGCACCCCUCCUCCCUCGCCCCCUCUCUCGCCUCCGCACCCAAACCCUAACUCCACUUCUCUCCCCUCUCUCCCCCGAUUCAGAUGCACUCCUCGCAGCCGCCACCUACCUCCCGCCCCCGAUUCAGCUGAUCUCGCCGCCAGCGCCCGCGCGCCACCACCCGCUCCUCCUCGCCUUCCAGAUCGCGCCGCCACCUCCCUCCCCAUCCCCUCCAUGAUCUCUCCCUCGGUGAGCCACCGGCGAGCCCCUCUGCUGCCCGCGCAUGCACAGCCUCGCCUCCUCCUGCUCUCCAUCGACCCCCUCCGCGUGCUCGCCAUCAUCGCCUCCCUCCGCCGCAUCGACCCCAAGGUGCUGGCGCAGGCGACCAGGAAGCUGUUCCAGGGUGAGCCGAUGAAGAGGCGGAAGGGAAUUUGGAUGUAGAUCAACAACUACGAGGAGGGGGAGGAGAGCGAGAGGGGCAGCGUGGUGGCCAGCAAGGGGAGCACCAUCACGGGAGCCGCGUCCUCCCGGUCCACGGCCACGUCGGGGAGAUGCCGCCGACCUUCGCUGGCGAGCGGCGGCUGUGAGAGUCUGGUGCGGAGGGCGGACUCGAUCAUGAAGUCGCUCUCGUGGUCCAAGGCGGCCCCAGUCACGGAGACGGCCAUCCGCGCCGCCAUUGGCGACAACGCUGUAACUAGCAAGGCUGUGCGCUGGUUGCUGAAGCAGAAGAGAGGGUUGCGUCGUGCGGGCACUGGUGGCCGCCCGGAUCCGUAUGUGUACAUGGCACUUCUUGUUCUGCCAAUCCACGAGCAGGGAGCGGAAGGCGCAGCCAGCGACCAGCGAGCACAUGGGUGGCACAAGUGGCGACGGAGAGCGGCUGGAGACUGCCAGUGAUGAGCGGCGAUGGCAACCUUGAGACCAGCAAGUAGGCGACGGCGACCUCAUUGUGAAGUGGCUGAAUCGACUUGAGGCGGUUUCUUUGAAAUUCUUGGAAAUGCUUUGGCGCCGCCGGAUUCGAGGGUGGAGCCCGAGCCUCCACUGGAGCAUGGAUCAGACGUGCAGGAGGUGGAGCUCCGCAUGGAUCACGACGUGGUCGUCGUGGGGGCCUGGAUCAUCAAGUACACAGGCGGCGUCGGGGGCGGUGCAAUGCCAGCUGCUGGACAUAGUUCACCCUGGGUUGGUGCUGAUGCACAAGGUGAAUUUCGAUGCCAAGACGCAGUACGACAUGAUCCAGAACUACAGGAUUCUCCUGGAUGUGUUCAACAAGUUGCAGAUAGGCAAGUACAUGCGGCGUCCAUCAUCAACGAUGGUGCGGAUUGAUUCAACUGCAGAACCAUCCAUCAUAUCAACACAAAGUCAGAAGCAGUACUUGAAGAAGCAGAUUACAAUGUUUUCUCGUCGUGAAGCACUAGAUAAGCUUGUUCUAUUUAUUUUUCCUGUUCUGGAGUAUUCCAGUAUUCCAGCACCUGAAGACUUGACUACAACAUGUCGUAGGUUGCUUGGAUCUGUAUAAUAUACAUAUGUGGUGGAAAUUUGUAGAAUGUGUGUUCUGAGAUAUUUCCGUAAUAUUCAGCUAAUUCAUGGUAACUUGAUUCA